AUGCCCUCAGACUACCUCUUCACGCGGACGAGAGCAAUUCUCCCUUGUCGUCAUGGCUGCCUCAAUUUGUUCACCUCAGCUAGCACUUGCCGGGUCGAUUCUCAAUCGCGUCUAUCCUCAACCAAGCCACCUUCGGUAGCCAUUGAUCCUUUGGUGGAUGUCCACAGUCUUGAAAAUACUGUCGAGGCUCACCGCGAGGCGAACCGCUCUCCGGGGCUAUAUCACCGGUAUGAGUUCAGUCCACAGCGAGGACUUAUUAAAUCGCGCGAGGGGCCACAAGGCGGAUCCAACGACCCUGCUGCCGCGGCUCGGUAUGAGGCCUCACGUAGCCUACGUCGUUCUUUGAAAUCAGCUCAAAUUGGAAGAGGUAGAAUAGCCGGGCUUACCACUCAAUGGAUGUUGACCAGCGACUCUAAAACUCCCAUAACACAACGUGUACCAUGGACGAAGGAAGUAUACCAAAAGGCGUUGCCGGAUUUGGUUUGGUUAUCGGCGGAAGAGCGCCUGUCUCAAGAGAUCGAGGCAUUUGACGCAUACGUUUGUCCUACCAUUGAUGAGCAAUCUGCUGCAGAACUAGCAGCAAACGAUCUGAGACGAAUUAUCAAAAAUGCAGAUGCCGAGAUGGACAUGGACAUCAUCGGAUCCCGUGCCACCGGCACUGCAGAUCCUUUGUCUGAUAUUGAUGCCAAUGUUUCGCUGCCCGUAACACCAUCUUCCAUGAAAACUCGGAUUCGACCUGAACAGAUUCUGCCUACAAUAAUGAAGACGAUCCGGGUAUGGAGACGGCAUCAUCCGGACGAAGAAUGCCCCAUACAGACUUUAACUCAUGUCAAGCAAGCAGUAGUACCAAUCCUGCUUUGUCGACACCGAAAGACCGGCCUUCCUAUUCAAAUACAAUCCACACCUAGAACUUUCGAUAGCACCGAAUAUGUACGAUCGUUCUUGACGGAGUUUCCGACUCUAAGGGGCUUGUUCAAAGUGAUCAGACAAGUACUGCAUAUGCGCGGACUUCAGCAUGGCCAGCAUGGAGGCCUGACCUCCUAUCCUCUGCUAAACAUGAUUGUUGCCUCUCUCAAGCUCUCGGAAGGCAAGUCUGCGCCGUUGAAUUCCGGAGCUCAUCUUCUCCAGUUUCUCAAGUUAUACUCCGAAAUCGACUUUGCCGAUGUCGGUAUAUCUACUCGCCCUCUGGGUCUUUUUUCCCGGAACGAAGACACUCCAACCGAAGUUCAGAAGGCAGCUGAAGCUAGUGGGAUGUACGUGCCGGAACUCAUGGGCCAGAAGCACAUGAUUGUGCGCCUGCGCAGAUCUGGUGCAAAGGUACCACUUCUUCAAGACCCGGCCAAUCCCAUGAACAAUCUAGGUAAAUCCGCUGUCAAGAUACGUGAUGUGCAGGAAACAUUCAUCGACCUUCACCACCGAUUGCACCUAGCAAUGCAGGAAUGGGAUACGACACAGGCUCAAGCAAGCAAAAACACUUCGAUCCCUAGAAGUUCAACGGCCUCAUACAGACACCAUUCUGUGCUCAAGAUCUUGUUAGAGGGUGACUAUCGUAUCUACGAUUACGACCGCGCAGACAUUAGAAGAGCAGUUCGGGAUAUGAACCACACCACGACCUCAAAGAUCUGA